AUGGCAUCUGGGCCUGAAUUGGAAAACUUCUCCAUUAAAGAGGCCAGCACCCAGCAAUCUACUACAUCUGGAAAAGAUAAAGGUCCUCCUAGCAAUAAUGAACAUUCCCUUGUAAGCAAGAUAGAACUUCUGCCAUCUUACUCUGCUGAAGUGUUUGAAGAAAUACCGAUUGAAAAACCCGUGGUAGAGCAAGACCCAUGGGACCUGUCUAACUUUAGGGACUCAGGAAUCAAGUGGUCAGAGAGAGACACCAAAGGGAAAAUAAUUGCUGUCUUCCGAGGAUUUGGAAAAGUGAUUCUCCUCCUGGGAUUUCUCUACUUCUUUGUCUGCUCCUUGGACAUCCUCAGCAGUGCUUUCCAGCUAGUUGGAGGAAAAAUGGCCGGAGAGAUUUUCAGUGAUGGUUCACUGUUGAGCAAUCCUUUGGGCGGCUUGAUGAUUGGUGUACUGGUGACAGUCCUGGUACAGAGUUCCAGUACAUCCACAUCUGUCAUCGUCAGCCUGGUGUCCUCUUCAUUGUUGACAGUAAAGGCAGCAAUUCCCAUUAUCAUGGGAGCCAAUAUUGGGACUUCAGUCACCAAUACAAUGGUGGCCCUCUUGCAGGCUGGAGACAGGAAUGAAUUUCGAAGGGCUUUUGCAGGAGCUACUGUUCAUGAUUUUUUUAACUGGUUAUCAGUGCUGGUGCUGCUGCCUCUGGAGGCGAUCACAAACUACCUCUACCACCUCACCAAUGUCAUAGUGAAAUCCUUUAAUAUCAAGAGUGGAGAUGAUGCCCCUGAGCUCCUGAAAGUCAUCACAGACCCUUUAACAAAACUCAUCAUCCAGCUGGAUAAAAAAGUCAUAAAUGAAAUUGCUACAGGAAAUGAGGCAGCAAAAAACAAAAGCCUGAUAAAGAUUUGGUGUGAAACUUUUAAAAAUGUGACUUUAAGCAAUGUUACCGUUCCCUCACCAGCAAAUUGUACCUCUUCCAGUCUCUGCUGGACUGAUGGAAACAUGACCUGGACCCUCCUGAACGCAACAUAUGCAGAGAACAUUGCCAAGUGCAAACAUGCAUUUGUGGAUGUCAGUCUCUCAGAUCUGAGUAUUGGCCUGAUUCUUCUAGCCCUCUCUUUGAUGGUCCUGUGCACCUGUUUGAUCUUGAUUGUCAAGGUCCUGAACUCUGGGCUCAAGGGACAAGUUGCUGCUGUGAUUAAGAAGACUAUCAAUACAGAUUUCCCCUUCCCUUUUGCCUGGCUGGCAGGCUACCUUGCCAUUCUAGUUGGAGCUGGAAUUACAUUUCUUGUGCAGAGUAGCUCUGUGUUCACCUCUGCAAUCACUCCUCUGGUUGGCAUCGGUGUGAUCAGCCUUGAGAGAGCUUACCCUUUAACCUUGGGCUCCAACAUCGGUACCACCACCACUGCCAUCCUGGCUGCAUUAGCUAGCCCUGGAAAUACUUUACAAAGUUCGCUCCAGAUUGCCCUGUGCCAUUUCUUCUUUAACAUAUCCGGGGUGCUUCUGUGGUACCCAAUCCCGUUCACACGCCUGCCAAUCCGUCUUGCCAGGGGCCUAGGAAAUAUCACAGCCAACUACCGUUGGUUCGCCAUCUUCUACCUGAUCUUCUGCUUUCUCCUGACACCACUGGCUGUGUUUGGCCUCUCGCUGGCGGGGUGGCCCGUGUUGGUGGGUGUAGGGGCACCCAUCCUAUUGGUAUUGCUUGUGGUGCUGGUGAUGCGGGUGCUCCAAGCGCGCUGUCCUCAGGUUCUCCCUAAGAAACUGCAAACCUGGGACUUCUUGCCCCUGUGGAUGCACUCUCUUCAGCCCUGGGAUGGAUUGGUGUCUCUGCUCACAGGCAGUUGCUGCCAGCUGCGCAGAUGCCACUGCAGUAGGUGUUGGGAACAGGAUGAAGAUCAGGAAAAGUUAAAGAAAAUCCCCAUGAAGGUCUUGGAGUAAUAAUUAACAAGUCCU